UUCCCUAAGACUGUGUUCCCACAGGCACUGGUGAAUUCGAAUGCCCGCAAGACGCUGGUUUUGGACCUGGAUGAAACGCUGGUGCACUCCCUGUCCCGUGGAGCCAGAAUGUCCAAUGGACAUAUGAUCGAGAUCAAGCUGAACGAUAACGUUGCAACGCUCUACUCGGUACACAAGCGUCCCUACUGCGACCAUUUCCUCAAGCAGGUGUCCAAAUGGUUCAACUUGGUGAUAUUCACCGCGAGCGUGAAGGAGUAUGCUGAUCCGGUCAUUGACUGGCUGGAAUCAGAGAGGAAGUACUUCACACACCGAUUCUAUAGAAACCACUGUACACUGAGAGAAGGCCAAGGUUAUAUAAAGGAUCUGACAUCGGUGGACAAGAACCUGAAUCACGUGAUCAUUGUGGAUAACUCUCCAAUCAGCUACGCAUGGCAUGAGAGUAACGCAGUUACAGUGGAAGGCUGGAUCAACGAUGCUACAGAUACAGACCUGUUGAACUUGAUACCCUUGUUGAGGGCCAUGAGAUAUACAACAGACGUUAGAACAGUACUGGCUCUUAAAAAUGGUGAAGUUGCAUUC